UCGUCAUUAGGAGCCCGCCAGCUCUAGAUGACUUUCUCAAACCGUUCAAAUGAUUCCAAUUUAUAAUUUAAACUUAUAAUUCCAUUACUGAAAUUUAACUUUUUAAACAUAUAUUUUUAGUUAUUACUGUGAUACUUAGGAUCUCUUUAUUUUUUAAAUAUGGAUUUGUUUAGUCGGAAAACCAAGUCUAACGGACACAUAGGCACACAGACGAAUGGUGCGCCUGGACUAAAACACAAACUGAGCGAGACCGCGAUGACGGCAGCGCCCCCCGCGCCGCGCGAUAAAAGCGGCGCGACGCUCGCAUCUGUCAAACAGUCGCUCGCCGCGUUCGGACGACAGAGCACAGACAUGGACCGCGACCGCAUCGGCGUGUGGGGCUCCGGCGACGGCCAGGCCAACAGCCGCCUCUCCGGCCUCGACCGCCUCAAGCACCCGGGACUCAACAAGGGUAUGGCGUUCACGAUCGAGGAGCGCCAAGUCAUGGGCAUCCACGGCCUGCUGCCGCCCCGUGUCAAGUCGCAGGAGGAGCAGGUGCAGCUGUGCAAGCUCUCCAUCGAGCGGUACGAGGACCCACUCAACAAGUACAUCUACCUGAUGGGAUUGCUGGACCGUAACGAGCACCUUUUCUACCGCUUCAUCGGCGAGAACGUGGCGGACCUGAUGCCCGUCGUGUACACGCCAACCGUGGGGCUCGCCUGCCAGAAGUACGGCCUGGUCUACCGCAGACCGCGCGGACUCUUCAUCACCAUCAACGACAAGGGACACGUCUAUGACAUACUCAAGAACUGGCCAGAAACCGACGUCCGCGCGAUAGUGGUGACGGACGGCGAGCGCAUCCUGGGUCUGGGCGACCUGGGCGCGUGCGGCAUGGGCAUCCCCGUCGGCAAGCUGGCGCUUUACACCGCGCUCGCCGGCAUCAAGCCGCACCAGUGCCUGCCCAUCACGCUGGACGUGGGCACCAACAGCCAAACCAUGUUGGACGACCCGCUGUACAUCGGUCUGCGUCAGCGGCGCGUGCGCGGCGCGCAGUACGACGAGUUCAUUGACGAGUUCAUGAAGGCGGUCGUCCGCCGCUUCGGACAGAACUGUCUCAUACAGUUCGAGGACUUCGGCAACGCCAACGCGUUCAGGCUGCUGGAGAAGUACCGUGGAAAAUACUGCACGUUCAACGACGACAUCCAGGGCACGGCGGCGGUGGCGGUGGCAGGUCUGCUGGCCAGCCUGCGCAUCACCAAGAAGAGACUCUCUGACAACGUCAUCGUGUUCCAGGGCGCCGGGGAGGCAUCUCUGGGGAUCGCGGAGCUGUGCGUGAUGGCGAUGAAGGCGGAGGGCACGUCGGACGCGGAGGCGCGUGACAAGAUCUGGAUGGUGGACUCCAAGGGGCUGAUAGUGAAGGACAGGCCGGAGGGCGGCCUCAACGAGCACAAGCUCAAACUGGCCAAGGACCGCGCGCCCAUAAGCACCCUCGCCGAAGUCGUCGACGUCGCCAAACCGUCGGUGCUUAUCGGUGCUGCGGCGGUGGCGGGCGCGUUCACGCCGGCCAUCCUGCAGUCAGUGGCGGCGGCGCACGAGCGGCCCGUCGUGUUCGCGCUCUCUAACCCCACCAGCAAGGCCGAGUGCACAGCUGAAGACGCCUACUCCAACACUGAGGAGCGCGCCAUCUUCGCAUCUGGCUCGCCGUUCCCGGAGUACCGCACGAAGGACGGGCGCGUGUUGCGGCCGGGGCAGGGCAACAACUCCUACAUCUUCCCCGGCCUCGCGCUCGGCAUCAUCUGCGCCGGCAUCGUCGACAUCACCGAGGACUUCAUGCUGCUUGCCGCUGAGGCCCUGGCUGAGAUCGUGUGCCAGAAGGACCUGGACCAGGGCAGCAUGUACCCACCGCUUGAGGACAUACAGAACUGCUCCGUCAAGAUCGCCAAGAAGAUCGUCGAACACGCAUACAAGACCGGUAAAGCGUCAGUCCAGCCGCAGCCGCUGGACGCUGAAGCGUUUAUCCGCGCGCAGAUGUACGACGUGCACUACGGCUCUGCCGUCCCGCCCGUCUACUCCUGGCCAGAGGACGGGCCCCAUGUACAACAAAUGUAAACCGACAGACAAACGUUUAAAGAUAUAUCACCUCCAAGUUGAGUGCCCAAUAAUGUCCAAAAACGCCUGGGCAUUUUACCAUAUGGAUGGAUAAACGCCCGUCAAUAUCAGGGAAAUGCCCAUCUCAAAUCUAUGCAAACGUGACAAGGAAUACUUUCAACAAUCUUGGAGUUGAAAUAACUUUGAACGGAAAGUAUCUGAAUACUAGACGGAUUCUGCUAAAUAUGUUCAAAUGAUUUUGAACCUUGUUCCCUAUUAUUAAAGUCGUUUAUCAAC